CGUGAGAAGACGUCUCAAAUCACUCGCGCCUUCACAUUACCCUUGGUAACCCCGGCAACUCACCGCCAUGGCCGCCGGCGGCGACGGCCCGCCCGAGGCGGAGCUGCGGCGGGGGUUCACGACGCUCUCCGUGGCGCGGCCGGACCCGUCCGCGGCGGUCUACGAGGUCCGCCUCGACCGCCCCGCCCAGCUCAACGGCCUCGGCCCGGACGCCUUCGCGGAGAUCCCGCGCGCCAUGGCGCUCCUCGACCGCCUCCCCUCCGCGCGCGCCGUCGUGCUCUCCGCCGCCGGCCCGCACUUCUGCGCCGGCCUCGACCUCGGCUCCCCCGGGGACCCCGUCACGGCCGGCCCCUCCCUCGCCGACCCCGCCGCGGCGGCGGAGGGGCUGCGCCGCGCCAUCCUGGAGAUGCAGGCGGCGCUCACGGCCAUCGAGCGGUGCCGGAAGCCGGUCGUCGCGGCGGUGCACGGCGCCUGCGUCGGCGGCGGCGUCGAGGUCGUGGCCGCCUGCGACAUACGGUGCUGCUCCAAGGACGCUACGUUUGUGCUCAAGGAGGUGGACAUGGCCAUCGUCGCCGACCUCGGCGCGCUGCAGCGGCUUCCGCGGAUUGUUGGGUACGGGAACGCCGCUGACCUCGCGCUCACCGGCCGCAGGAUCACCGCCAUGGAGGCCAAGGAGAUGGGGCUGGUGAGUAGGGUGUUCGAUUCCAAGCAAGAAUUGGAUGCCGGCGUUGCAAAGAUUGCAAAAGAAAUAUCCGAGAAGUCGGCAUGGGCUGUGAUGGGAACAAAGGCUAUUUUGCUGAGAAGCAGAGAUAUAACAGUAGAGCAGGGCCUGGAGCAUGUAGCCACAUGGAAUGCGGCAAUGCUGCGAUCUAAUGACCUGGAGGAGGCUAUCAAAGCCUUCCUAGAGAAGCGGAAGCCUGUCUUCUCCAAGCUGUAAUGACCGAACACCUUACCUUAACAGGAGAAAGUUGUGUGAAUCUGGUACUUCAGAAAAGGCUUAUGGGAGUUGACUGUAUAAAAUCUAUGAUCGCCAGUUGGAAAAUAUGUCAAGAACUUGCAUAGUUACACUUAGUAAACUGGACCAGAAAUGCGUCCAUCAAUAAAUCAAAGAUUUCCAAAAUGUUGCUGUUUGGUUGAUUUGUUCAACUGCGGAAAUGUGGAAUGCAGCAAUCCUGAGUUCUCCAA